AUGUCAUCCCCACUUGAUGAACAUGCCAUGAAUCAGCUACAGUCAGAGCAGUCAGAACUGCUGGACAAGAUUGACGAGCUGCGCGCCAUCGGAGUUGGAAGCCUCGUGGAGCUGCCUCAAAUUAUCGUCUGCGGCAAUCAGUCUAGUGGAAAAAGCUCCGUAUUGGAGGCCAUCUCCAGAGUGCGCUUUCCAUCCAAGAGCAAUAUCUGCACUCGGUUCGCGACCGAAAUUGUUCUUCGCCGAAGCCCCCACGACAGGAUCAAAGUAUCCAUUGAGCCCGGGGAUUCCAGGAAGAAUGAACAGGAACGACAGAAGCUCCGAGCCUUCGCCUCCGAGGCCUUUUCCUCUAGCGGAGACCUCCCUACACUGAUCGAAAAAGCGAAGGAAUGCAUGGGCCUUUCCAGCACCGAUCCUUCGAGCGCUGGAUUUAGCGACGAUGUCCUUAAAGUCGAGAUCUCGGGCCCUGAAAAGCCAGAGCUGACUCUGGUCGACCUUCCGGGGCUCUACUACUCCAGCAGCAGCGAACAAACCGAGCAAGGAAUGGUGAUAGUCCAGAAACUGACGGAAAAGUACAUAAAAAGCUCCCGGAGCAUCAUCCUGGCUGUCAUCAGUGCAAGGGCCGAUUAUCAUAUCCAGAAGGUCUUGAACAUCGCACAGACUUUUGAUCCCAAAUAUGAGAGGGUCUUGGGCAUUGUUACGCAGCCCGAUAUCCCCGAAGCGGGCUCGGAGGAACAAGAAACUUAUAUACAGUUCAUCAGAAACGAAAAAGUCAAACUGCAACUUGGAUGGCAUGUACUGCGCAACCGCUCGUUUGAAACGUGCAGCAUUUCCGAUGACGCCCGAGACGCUCAAGAAAAGGAGUUCUUUGAAAAGGGACGGUGGGCUUCCCUUCCUCGAGAUCAAGUCGGGAUCGAAAGUCUGAGGCAUCGCCUCAGCAAGAUUCUACUUGGUCAUGUCCGUCGCAAUCUUCCUGGUCUUAUUGCGGACAUACAAGAGAGGAUUUCUCGUAACGAGCAGACACUGGCAAAAAUGGGCACGCCGCGCACUACUCUUCAGGAGCAACGCCGUUUCCUUGUUGAUAUCAGCAGCAAAUUCGCGCGAAUUACAGACCAGGCUUUGAAUGGAUCGUACGUCGAUGAGUUUUUCGGUGGAUUCCAAGAUCAUACAGCGACCACAGAAGAGUCUCCUUUCCGCAGACUGCGGGCAGUAAUCCGUGAGCUUAACGAGUGCUUUGUUGAAGCGAUGAGCAUUCGCGGGAACCGGCGAAUCAUCCAAUUCCCUGGACAGUCAGCACCUGUUGAGAAUGUCGCGCAAGAGAGAUCCAAGCCUUACAUGAGUGAUUGGACACCGCAGUAUAUUUCCCAGGAGUCUCUUGUGGAUGAGAUCAAGGAACAGGCCCGACAGAGUCGAGGAAUUGAGCUACCAGGUAGUGCGAACCAGCUACUUGUGGGGAGUUUGUUCCGAGACCAGUGCGAGCCCUGGGAAGCAGUUGCUAAAUCCCAUCUGUUGAAUACCUGGGAUUCGGUCGAAUACUUUAUCCAGUUGGUCCUGAAGAACCUCAUGGACGAUCAGACCCGCCCGUUGCUUAUGCGACACCUCAUCGGACCGGAAAUGGAGAAGAUGAAGGAGUCUUUGUUGGAAAAGCUCAGCGAAUUGACUUCGUACUACAAAAGGGGCCAUCCGUUGCCCGUGGGGACAUCAUUUCUCUCCAAGAUCCAGGAGUCCAGAAAGAACCGCCAGAUUGCUGCGUUAAAAAAGAACCUUCAGCGGUCUGAAUUUGCCCCGACGGGAGUGGAUACUUUUAAUGUCCGAGAUCUAGAGCGAGCGACAUCUCAGCUACAGUCAUCCAGCGAUCAGUUUGCAGCAGCAGAGAUUAUUGACCAAAUGCAGGCCUACUACGAGACUGCGAUCGUGACAUUCGUCGACAAUGUUGCCAUCUUGGCUAUCGAAAAUUGCCUUCUUUGCCCUUUGGAGCAUAUCUUUACCGGCAAGACUGUACUUGAAAUGAAUGAUGAGCAGAUUCGACAAAUUGCAGGAGAGCCAUCGAACAUCCAGAAGGAUCGGGAACGUCUGAAUGAAGAGCUCGAAAAGCUCCAAAAGGGAAGGCAGACUCUCAAUGCCUUCGUUAUAGCGGACUCUUCGCUGCGUGCUCGUCCUAUCUUGGGUAUUUACAUUCCAUAUACCGGUACAUGGAAUCGCAGGCUAAUCGAAAUAUCAUCUCAGCAGGACCGCCAACUCCCCGAGCUAAUACUCCAAGCCGUGCAGGCACGGCUCCGAUAG